AUGAAUAUAAGACACGUAAAUGGAUGUGAAUAUAACGAAAAAGAAAAUGAUAAAGAAUAUAAAGAUGAAAUUAAAAAGGUUAUGGAAAAUUUAAUAAAUGAAAGAAAAAAACAUUUCCAAGAAAACGAUAAUUAUUGUAAUAAUACACCAAUAUGUGCUUGCCCUAAUAUAUUUUGUAAUAUUUAUACAGAUUUAUAUAAUUGGUUUGGUUUUAAAAAUUGUAAAAAAAUAGAUACAGAAUCUUUAAAUACUUGUUUUACAGAUAUAACAAAUGGGGGGGUAGGAUAUUAUGAAAAAUUAAUUGUAUUAGGAAGUAGAAUUUUAGAAUUAUAUAGUGAGUUACAUUUUUUUAAUAAAUAUAAUUAUGAAAAAGAUAAAGAAAUUGCUCAAGAUUUAUAUAAAAGUCUUACACCAAUUAAAGAUGUUGUUUAUCAUUAUUUAUAUGUUCAAAAAAGAAAAAAUCGUAUAAUAUAUAAAAAUAGUUUAUAUUUAUUUGGAUAUUCAUAUUUAUAUACACCUUUAUUUUUUAAUAAUAAAAAUUCUAUAAUCAAAUAUGUUAAAGCAUGUAUAGCAUAUUCAGUUAAAUUUAGUGGAGCAAAUAUUUUUUCAUGGAUGCCAAUUUUAAUAGAACAUAUUUAUUAUUCUCAAAAAUUAAAGGUUUCAGAUAUAGAAGAAGAAAAUGAAUUAUUACAAGAUUUGCAAGAAUAUUUUGGUUAUCAAUUUGAUUAUAUAUUGCCUAGAAUAGCUGAAUGUUUUAGUCACCAUAAUCUAUAUAUUAAAAAUUCACACUUAACAGGAUUACAUAUUAUUCGUAUAUUCGCUAAUGAUUAUUUUUCCCUUUUAGCCGAUGAUGUAAACAUUGAAGGAAAGGAAAAGGCCAUAUGGGUUCGAGAAGAAACCGAAGCAUUUUUAAAUUCAAUGUGUAUAGAAAUAUUUAGUGGGUGUAUGGUAUCAAUUAAUAAAUAUUUAAAUGAAAAUGAUGUAAAAAUAUCUAAAAUAAGAGAUAUUUUUGAAAUUAUAGUAUCAUCAUGUUGGGUUUUAGGAAAUGAAAAAAGAAAUAAAAUAUGGGUAAGUGCAUUGAUACAAAGAUUAAGACAAGUUCAAUUGCUAACUCAAAUAACUACAAUAGAACAAUGGUCUUAUAGUAUAAAAAAAUAUAAUGAUAUAAAUAUAAAUAAUUUUGUAAAAGAUAUUUAUAAUUUUAAUAACAUAAAUGGAAAUAUAUUAUCUCCAUUUCAACUACAAAAUUUAAAUAUGUAUUUACCUCAUAAAGAAACUAAUAUUAAGCAAAUUCCAUAUUAUACAACAUUACCUGAUAAAUAUAAAAAUAAAUUUAAACAAGACGAUGAUAAAAUUGAGCAAAAACAUCCUAAUGGAUGUAAACUCUAUGAUGUUUUAAAUAACAUUACAAAUAAUAUACAAAAAAGUUUUAAAUCUAGAACCCCCAAACAUGUCCAAACAACAAUAGUAAAGAAACCCUUAGUUCCAAAUCAACCAAAUCAACCAAACAUUUUUUCAGAUAUGAGAUAUAGCAAUUUUAAGACAGAAGUAACUUUUAAUGAACUUCCAAAAAAUACUAUUCACACUAGAAAUAUGGACAGUUUAAAAUAUAGUCGAGAAAAUAAUAAAAUUCCUGUUAAAAUAAAAUAUAUUAAAGAUUCAAAAGAUGAUAAUAAAUCAAAAUAUGUAAUAGAAAUUCCAAAAAAAGAAUUAAAAGGAAAGAAUAACAAAGAUCAUAUAAAAGCUGGUUGGCAUAAAUAA